CUUAGUUACCAAGGCAAGAACACCUUAAUAAAGUCACCAAAACGAACGCUCCAAAUAUCUGAGAUCUUUUGCUAGUGAGUGUCCCAAAUCUCUCUCCUUCAUCGCCUUCUAGGGUUAGGGUUGGGUUUUUUUUCCUCUCUCAUAUCAAUGGCGUUGGAAUGGGUGGUUCUAGGCUACGCCGCGGGCGCAGAGGCCAUCAUGCUCCUCCUCCUCACCCUCCCAGGUCUCGACCCUCUCCGCAAGGGUCUCAUCACCGUCACUCACAGUCUCCUCAAACCCUUCCUCUCUAUAGUUCCGUUCUGUCUCUUCUUGUUGAUGGACAUCUACUGGAAGUACGAGACUCGACCCUCCUGCGAGUCCGAAUCUUGCUCUCCCACGGAGUACCUCCGCCACCAGAAGUCCAUCAUGAAGAGCCAGCGCAACGCCGCCCUCAUCGCCGCCGCCCUUAUCUUCUACUGGCUCCUCUACUCCGUCACCGCUCUCGUCGUUCGCGUCGAUCAGUUGAACAAGCGAUUGGAGAAGUUGAAGGCUCAGGACUGAGGCUCUUCAAUCUUCCGAUCUGAGAUAAGCCCUUUUUCAUUCAUUCCAUAAAUCAGUUUGUCCUUUCGUUUCUUUGUGAUUUGUUAUUAUGUAAUUCUGUAGACAUUGAUUGAGGGCUUCUUGUUAGUUCUACUGUUUAAUGGAUCUUCUAUGCGAGUUUUGUUCAAUUUAUGGGAAAUCGAUUGUUAACAGAAAAAAGACUGAUGUAAUUGGAUUAUAUGUUUGUGAAAUUCUAUAUGUUCUCACUAAUAUCAAAAUGAAAAUGAGAUCAAUUAGUUUUAUGUA